UCUCUUCCUCUCAGUGACUGACACAGUCCUCUUCUUUUUCACUCUUCCCUUGAAUCUUGUCUGAAACCAAAAGCUAAAGAAAUUCAAAUAUAAAAGAGAUUUUUUUUUCUUCUUUUGGGUAAAACCCUAUUGAGAUCCAAUUAAGUGUAAAUCGCGUGCAUUUUAUUUCUUUUUUAGUUUCAUUUUAAGAAGGGACUGAACAAGGAAAGCGUUGGAUCGAAGCAUCCAAGCUUUUGUUCUUUGUUAUAUAAAAACAUUAUAUUGCAAGUAUAAAUAAUCGAGGAAGGGGAGAGAGAGUUGGGAGAUGAACGGAAUGGGGAGACAGGGGAAGAGAUCUGGUGCGGCAGGGUUGCAGGUUCACCAUCAGAGACAAUACUCGGAUAACUUCUUGGAAACGACAUCCAAUGGAAGGUGGCUUCAGUCUGCUGGCCUUCAGCAUCUUCACUCUUCUAACAACUCUAUUCCUCCUCUUCAGGAUUAUGCAUUUUAUGGCGGUGGAGAUGGGGGAGGACAAGGGUCUAGAAUGUAUAGGAAUAUACAGAGGGAAUUCAGUAUGGGGAAUGACUUUUUCACGGAGCCUACAACUCCUCCAGUUGGUUCACGGCCGUCAAGCCAGAGGAUGAAUGGUGAUCAGUCACCCAAUGAGUUCAGUCCAGGUCUCUUAGAUCUGCAUUCUUUUGAUACAGAGCUUCUGCCUGAGAUGCCUGUUCCCAACCUGUAUAAUGGUCCUUCUCUCUAUAAUCCAGUUCGAGGUAGAAGCUUUGAUGACUCUGAACCCUAUAUUUCAAACAAACAAACAGGGGGAAGUGGUGUUGUGCCAGAGAAUGAGCUCCUGAAAAGCUUUGCUGUGGACAAAGAGAAGGUCAAUUCAGUUGCAAAGAUCAAAGUUGUGGUGCGCAAGAGACCCCUCAAUAAAAAGGAGUUAGCGAAGAAUGAGGAAGAUAUUAUAGAGACGCUUUCAAAUUCCCUGGUAGUGCAUGAGACUAAACUUAAGGUUGACCUUACAGAAUACAUGGAGAAGCAUGAAUUUGUUUUUGAUGCGGUGCUGAACGAGGAGGUCUCAAAUGAUGAGGUCUAUCGUGAGACAGUGGAGCCCAUAGUUCCUAUAAUUUUUCAACGCACUAAAGCCACUUGUUUUGCAUACGGUCAAACAGGGAGUGGAAAAACCUAUACUAUGAAGCCUCUUCCGCUUAAAGCUUCUAGGGAUAUUUUGAGGUUGAUGCACCAUACCUACAGGAACCAAGGGUUUCAUUUGUUUGUAAGCUUCUUUGAGAUAUAUGGAGGAAAACUGUAUGAUCUCCUCAGUGAUAGGAAGAAACUUUGCAUGCGAGAGGACGGUAAGCAGCAAGUUUGCAUUGUUGGCCUGAAAGAGUUCAGAGUAUCGGAUGUAGAGACUAUUAAGGAGCUUAUUGAGAAAGGAAAUGCCACAAGAAGUACUGGGACCACAGGUGCAAAUGAGGAAUCAUCCCGAUCUCAUGCCAUACUUCAGCUUGCCAUCAAGAGAUCUGUUGAUGGCAAAGAAUCGAAGCCUCCCCGUGUUGUUGGCAAGCUCUCCUUUAUAGAUUUGGCUGGAAGCGAACGAGGUGCAGAUACUACAGAUAAUGAUAAGCAGACAAGAAUGGAAGGUGCAGAGAUCAACAAGAGCUUGCUCGCUUUGAAGGAGUGCAUAAGAGCCCUUGACAAUGAUCAGGGUCACAUUCCUUUCAGAGGCAGUAAACUGACAGAGGUUCUAAGGGACUCAUUUAUGGGAAAUUCCCGUACAGUUAUGAUAUCUUGCAUUUCACCAAGUUCAGGGUCAUGUGAACACACUCUGAACACCUUAAGAUAUGCCGAUAGGGUGAAGAGCCUUUCAAAAGGGGGAAACUCUAAGAAAGAUGUUUUAUCUUCAACCAUGAAUCUGAAAGAAUCAACUGCUCAGCCCUUAUCAUCGGGUUUACCAACUGCGUCGACCUUCGAGGAUGAUAUUAACGAUACAUGGCCUGACCAAAAUGAAAGAGAUGAUUUCAAUGCACCAGAAGACUCCUUUGAGCAGGAGAAACUGAUGUGGAAGAAAAAUGGGAAGCUUGAUCAAUACGGUUUCUCUACUGCAGAGAACAAGUUGCGGAAGCCUAAUGGUCAGACAAAAUGGAAAGAACCAGUAAGAUCAGAUAUUAAGCAUUCAAAAUCAGAUGAUGAUUUGAAUGCUCUCCUACAGGAAGAGGAGGAUCUUGUAAAUGCCCAUAGGAAACAAGUGGAGGAAACUAUGAAUAUUGUCAAAGAGGAGAUGAACCUGCUGGUUGAAGCAGAUCAACCUGGGAACCAGCUGGAUGAUUAUAUAUCGAGAUUGACCACUAUUCUUUCUCAGAAGGCUGCCGGUAUCACACAGUUACAAACUCGCUUGGCUAAUUUCCAGAGGCGCUUGAAGGAACAUAAUGUGUUAGUAUCUUCAUCCGGCUAUUGAUUACAGAAUUGAAGAUAGAAGUCAAAACUAUUCAUUUGACUUCUCCCAGAUACAUUGCUAGUUUGGUUAAGAGUCUUUGGAUUUGUGAUUUUUUAUUUUUUACAAUUUUUAAGGGAGAUUCUAUUGAGAAUUUGAUUUGGCAGCAGUUUGCUGGAUGAUUCAGAUUCACCAUGUGAGCUGCCCUUCUUUCUUUUCCAUAAUGCUAUCCUCUUUUAUUUUUUUUCCCCUUUAUUUUGUUAUUUUUAAAAAGAAUUAGGCAUUAGGCAUUUUCAUGCCUUUUGGGUUGCUAUUGUAAAGUUCUGCAGCAUUGUAACUGGAAUCAUCCUAUGUUUCAUUUACAAAAAAGGAAAAAAGAAAAAAAGGCACUGCAUGAAUUAUUACGUAA